CAGAUCAGCCAAUGGUGCUCCGUGUAGCGGCGCGGUGCCCCGCCCUCGGCCGCGCAGCCCAGUGACGAGCGCGCAGAUAGCGGGAGGGGCGUGGCUUGGGCGGUGGAGGCGGUGCGCGGGCGCGGCACCCGGAAGUCGGCAGCGGCGGAGGCGACUGUGUGACCCUGUACGAGCAAAGCCACCCUGGGGGACCCAUGUGCAUCAUCUUCUUCAAGUUUGAUCCUCGCCCCGUUUCCAAAAAUGCAUACAGGCUCAUCCUGGCGGCCAACAGGGACGAGUUCUACCACAGACCGUCAAAGCGGGCCGACUUCUGGGGCAGCAGCAACGAGGUGCUCAGCGGGCUUGACAUGGAGGAAGGCAAGGAGGGGGGCACGUGGCUGGGCAUCAGUACCCGGGGGAAGCUGGCGGCGCUCACCAACUACCUGCAGCCACAGCUGGACCAGGGAGCCAGGGGCCGAGGUGAGCUUGUGGCCCACUUUCUGACUGCUGACAUGGACAGCUUGUCCUACCUCAAGAAGGUCUCCACAGAAGGACACCUGUACAACGGCUUCAACCUCAUAGCAGCCGACCUGAGCAUGGAGAAGGGAGAUGUUGUUUGCUACUAUGGAAACCGGGGGGAGCCCGAGCCUGUUGUCCUGGCACCAGGGACCUACGGGCUGAGCAAUGCCCUGCUGGAGACGCCGUGGAGGAAGCUGUGCUUCGGGAAGCGGCUCUUCCUGGAGGCUGCAGAGAGGAGCCAGGCUGUCCCCAAGGAGGCCCUCAUAGCCCAGCUCCUGGACGUGCUCAACAAUGACGAAGCGCAGCUGCCAGACCCAGCCAUCGAGGACCAGGGCAGGGAAUAUGUGCAGCCCAUCCUGAGCAAGUAUGCGGCCGUGUGCGUGCGCUGCCCUGACUACGGCACCAGGACCAACACGGUCAUUCUUGUGGAUGCGGCCGGGCAGGUGACCUUCACGGAGCGCAGCAUGCUGGACAGGGACCCUUCCCACUGGGAGACCAGCACCCACGAGUUCAGGCUGCAGAGCUAACCCCCAGCCCUGGGCACGACUCAGCCAGCACCCACCCAGGACUAGGGCCUUUAAUGUGUGUUAUCUAUCCAUGUCCCCGUGUCCAGCUCGGGGUCCACUCUUAUGCAGUGGGAGGGACAGUCUGGGGCAGGCCCAGGCAUGCUGUGUGUGUGCGAUGCACCUGGCCUUACCCCCUGCCCAUGCACACAGGCCCACGUGUACCGCACAGGACACAUAUGCAUGCCCAUACAACACACACGCUCCCAGGCAUAUAUACACAGUGUGUUGGACAGGCAGAGGUGUGCCAUCACCUGCAUGUGCUUCUGGCCAGUGGGUCUGUGCUUCAAUCAAAACAAUAGCAGUAGACUUUGGUUUAAAAGGGGGCCUCUCCAGGGCAUAGUCCAAUUCCUGAGAGCCAGACCUGCUCUUGGAGAGGAGACAGGCCACAUUUAGAAUGAGGGACAGGGGAGACCUGGGAAAAACCCACUUUCAUAACAGAAACGCAGCAUAGCUAGUGGAUGCAGGGCCCCCGUGUGCAUGGGGCAGUCCCGGGGCAAGGGAGUCCUGUGUGCACCUGUAUGCUGGGAUGUCCCAGCAGGUUCUCAAGCCCCUGUCUUGAGGCAGGCCCAUGUCAGCGAGGGGGCAUGGCCAACCCUGCCAUUUCCCUUCUCAGUGGGGAGUCAGACUUCACAGGACUCUGUACUUGAACAUGAGAUGUUGAUAAUAAAACUCUGAGGCUGUGGUGA